UUGCUCUUUUUUUCUUUUCUGGAACUUGGGAGUCACGGAAAACCGGCCAGAUAAAUAUCGAUAUGCAUCCAAAGUAGACAAAAUCAAAGCACAAGCAAAAGAGUGAACGUUAUGAGAAACUGUUUUGGAACUCAGGUGAUUCAUCACCAUAGCCCAAGCACUACCAAAACUCCAACCCUAGGACUACAAUGUAAAGUUUUCUAAUUUUGGACUGGCAAAGUUGGACCCCAUAAAUGGAGACUUGCAUGUGACAACUAUUGUAAUGGGCACUUACGGCUUUGCAGCUCCCGAAUACGUUGAAACAGGUUAUUUGUACUUAAAAAGUGAUGUCUACGGUUUCGGGGUCGUAUUGUUGGAAAUGUUAACAGGCUUAAGGGCCCACGACCCCAAUAGGACCAGUGAUAGUCAGAACCUGGUCCUCUACGCCAAGCUAUCUCUGUCUGACAAAAAUAAACUCAAGAAAAUAAUGGACUCAAGGCUAGGUGAACUUCACCCACUAGAAGGUGCGUGCCAAGCAGCUCACCUAAUAAGAAGAUGUCUGGAAUCCGACCCAAAAAAAUGUCCACCGAUGGAAGAAGUUUUGGAAGAGCUAGAAAACAUCAAUACCAUCAAGAUGAAAACAAAGGAGAUAAAAGCUAGGGCAAAGCCUGGCUCCAAUAGACGCCAAGAGGAGCAUACCAAGCAUCAGCAUCGCUAUAACCAUCACCGGUCUCCAAUUCACCAGAAGAAUGGCUUUUCCGGCGCCAGAGCUAGAGCUUAUCAUCACUAGUUCCGGCUAUAACUUAAUAAGUAAUUGUAGUUUUGUUUUUGGUCUUGGUAUGCAUGCAGCUUCAUAUAUUUGGAAGUCUUGUAAG